AUGCGUCCACUCCGCCUACUCGUCUCGCUGGCCACGAGCCUGGUGGCCUGCACCCUAGUCCUCUACAUGGUCCUGGGCGCCUUCAAGGACGACGGCCAGCGACAAAUGGCCUCGGCUGCACCCAAAGGCGGCUUCAAGGCCUUGUUCUCGUUUGCGUCGCCAGGCUCGCUGUUCCCGCCCUCUGCCAUAAUUAGCCUGACCGACGACAACUCGACCUUUUUCCUCGCUCGCCCCGCCGCAUUCGGUCCUUCGCUGCCCAAAGACGGUUUGAGCGGCCCACUAUGGGUCGGCAGCGGCUUCGGCGACGACUCCAUGGGCGCGGGCGGCGAGUUGGGUUGCAGCGAUGUGCCUGGCUGGCACGACGGCAGUGACGAACUCAUGGCCACUUCGAGGCCAGCCGGGGGCAGCAAAACAAAGUCCAAGCACCUCGGUCUGGGGAGAGACGCAACUCCCAAAGAAGGAGUACAUGGUGGUGGCGAGCAUGCCUCGCGUCAUGUCUCGGCAGACGACGGUACAGACGACCAUCUGCAGCCUCGUGGCUCCAACGCACGCACACAGUCGAGACGCGUCCACGCCGACAUUCAGUCGCUUCAAGAGAGUGCCGAAAUCACUGGUAAAAUCGUGCUCCUUAAGCGAGGCGGCUGUGGCUUUCUGGCCAAAGUGCAGUGGGCACAAUCGCGCGGAGGAAAGGCCGUCGUUGUGGGCGACGAUGUUCGUGGUGGUGCGCUCGUAAGGAUGUACGCCAAAGGAGAUACCUCCAACAUCACUAUCCCCUCUCUUUUCACCUCGCACACGACUGCGCAUCUUUUGUCUUCGCUUAUGCCAGACGACAGCGCGCUCGCCAGGACUGUCAAAAACUUUAGUCCCCCGUCUCGAAACGCCGCCAAGAGUUACAAGACCCCGGGCUACAGGAAAGAGUAUGGCCACGGGACCAGUACGAAGACUUCUCAUCCGGGCUUCCUACACUCGUUCUUGGCUUUUUUCGGGCUUGUUCAAACCGAAGAUGUUCUCAAGGCCGGGAGUCGACGACUACCCAACAGCGGCGAUCUCGAAUGGGUCGAGAUGGACGGUUGGGACGAUGACGAAAAGCCCAUCAGGACCAAAACCAUGGUUCCUGCGUCAACACAAACAAGGAUUUCGGACGGUUUCGUCAUUGGCGAACAAGACUGGCGGGAUCCUGAUCUUCUGCCUCUUCCAACACCUACCAGUGAAGCCCAAAAGGCGGCGAGUACAACGCCCAUGCCAGUCAUUCCGGAUGGAAACAGCUCUCUCGGAAGCAGCGGGUACAGCGAUACACAUGGGCGCCGCAAAGAACUUUGGGUCACACUUACACCAACAAAUGUCUCGAGUAGUCCAUUCUUCGACACCCUUCUCGUGCUUGUUGUUAGUCCCCUUGUCACUCUGACUGUGGUAUACGUCCUGCUCCUGCUCCGUUCUCGCAUACGGCGCCGCCGAUGGAGAGCACCCAAAUCGGUCGUCGAGCGCCUUCCUGUCAGAACCUACCAGACCAUCAACGAUUCCCCGCCUUCUUCUGCUGUAACGCUGACCGCGGCUUCUCCCACCACACCUCUACUCCAACACUGCCCUCCUCGAUCUAGAUCGGCUGAUUCAGGCUCGCGCUCCUCGACAGAUUCCGAUGUCCCAGGCGCUUCAACAUCUACACAAACCCAUACUCGUGAUCGCGAAGAAGAGAAGCGCGAAUCCGGACUAGCAGCUUGGAGAAGACGCUACGGCGGACGGCAAAGGGAAUGUGUUGUUUGCCUGGAAGAGUAUGUCGAUGGUGUCAGUCAAGUCAUGAGCUUACCGUGUGGCCACGAGUUCCACGCGGAUUGCAUCACUCCUUGGCUUGUCACGCGCCGGAGGACAUGCCCCAUUUGCAAAGGUGAUGUCGUACGUUCGCUGAGCUGGCGGCAUGACCGACUGCAGUCAGCAUCACCAGCACGUACCCCCAGAGGCUCUACUGGCAAUGAAGACGUGCAGAGGCAAGCAGCGGAAAGCCGGAACAUGUCUCCUUCAGCUUCUCGGCCAAUGCCAACGUCUAGGUCAUCAGAAACGAGCCCCCGUCCGCACGACGACAUAGAAGCCGGCUGGCCUGGAGAUGACGCGCAUCGGAGUACCGGGUCGUCGCUGAGGGAGCUAGCAUCGUCUGUUUCCACCGUGGUAUGGCGCGGAUUUGACGCUGUCCGCAACACAGCUGGCUUUCAGCGUCCUCCCCCAGGAGACGUGGAUCGCAAUCGGUAG